AGCGAGCAAACAGUGCAGUCGUAUGCGGGACCAUCACCAGCUGAACUUGUUCAAUCAUUAUACGAUAAUAGAGUAUGCUCAUAUUGGUUGGAUGUAUAUUGGACGUACGAGUUAUGUCAUGGACGCUAUAUUAUGCAAUAUCAUGAUAACAGAGAAAUGCAGAGAAAUGCUAGAAGUGAAUAUUAUUUAGGGAAUUAUGGUCGAGAACAAUCCAAAUUGGAUGAUAAGAAUUUCGAUGAAAUGAAUCCACCAAAACGCAAAAUUGAUAACAAAGUGCAACCAUAUUAUCCAGUCACUUAUAGACAAGGAACCGUUUGUGAUUUAACCGGAAAACCAAGGAGUACGAUUGUUAUAUAUGCUUGCGAUCUGGAUGCCAGAGAUCAGAUAUAUUCUUUUGCUGAAACAGCUUCUUGUACUUAUGAAAUGAUUGUGUUUACCAAACAAUUGUGCUCUCAUCCAUCUUUUCGGCCAUCGCCUACUAUUGAUCACGAAAUUGUUUGUUAUUCGAAGGACCCACACAAGGAGUAUCCAAAGCCAAAACAACUUCUGCAAAUGGAAAAGGAAAGUGAGACAGCACUGGAAAGAGAAUAUAAAUCAACUCUUGAACUUGAAAAAUCUUUUGUAAAUGUUGAUAUUAAUGAAGACGAAGAAAGCGAAGAUUAUGAUGAUCAGUUGGAUACUACAAUUGUUAUAGCCAAGCAAGCUUCAUCAAAGUCUGACAAUUCACAGCAUGUAUCCUCAACAAUUCCUACGGAAAAGCCGAUGAUCGAUGUGGAUAGUUUGCUUCAAGAAAAUAGGUAUUUGCUAAGUGGGAAGCACUGUUUGUAUGGUGGUGGAAUUGGAUGGUGGAAAUAUGAAUUUUGUUUUGGAAAAAGUGUAAUACAGUUUCAUGACAAUUCUCAAGGUGAGCGAACUGAAAUCCUGUUAGGUCUUUUCAACCUUGAUAUACACAAACAUUGGAUCGAUGAUAAUCCUCAAAAGAAACCACUAAAGAUUGACGGUCGGAUAACUCAAGUUUCGCAUUUAUAUGCUGGCGGUGCUUUUUGCGAGAAGACUGAUAUUCACAGAAGUGUUGAAGUGCGUAUUCGUUGUCGAAUAUCAAAAGGAAGUCAAACGGCUGUAACGCUUUACUUACUGGAGCCUCAUACAUGUCAGUAUGUCUUGGGAGUCGAAUCGUCUCGUUUUUGUGAAUUAUUGCAAACUGCUGAUCAGUACGGAUUGAUUCAAUUGCCAGAAUCAUGA